CCGCCUUCUGGAAGAGUCUGGAAACUGAAGUAACCGUCUUUGUCCCCUCCCCUCCCCUCCUGCACUGAACCAAGCGAGAAGAAACCUCGGCAUUCUGCCCUCAGAGUCAGUUGGCAUUGCCAUGGCCACGAAGCGUUCCAUCGAAGACGUUUCCGCCGUUAGCAGCGUCCCCAAGAAACCAGUCUUCCUCACGAAAGCCCAGCGCGAGGAAUUAGCCCUCAAACGUCGUCAACAAGAGGCCGAUCAAAUACAGAACCACCGGCAAGAUAUACUCUCCUCCCUUGGCCAAUCCGUCUCCGUCUCCAACAACGACCUCAGGCCCUCCGAUUCAGACCGCCAUCGCGACCGCGACCGAGAGCGCGAACGCGACCGCGACCGCGAACGGGACCGACGCGAUCGUGAACGUGACCGUGAGCGGGAACGUGAUUCUGAGCGGCGGAACCACCGCGAGAGGGAGCGGGAAGAUGAUGCUAAGAGUCGUGAGCGUGAGCGUGAGCGGGCGCGCAUUGAGAAAUUAGCUGAGCGAGAGCGUGAGAAAGAGCUCGAGGCGAUCAAAGAGCAGUACCUCGGGUCUAAGAAACCUAAAAAGCGGGUCAUUAAACCCAGCGAGAAAUUCCGAUUCUCUUUUGACUGGGAAAACACUGAGGACACUUCUCGGGAUAUGAACUCUCUCUACCAGAACCCUCACGAGGCCAGGCUCUUGUUCGGACGAGGCUUCCGCGCCGGCUUAGACCGCCGCGAGCAGAAGAAGCUAGCCGCCAAGAUCGAGAAGGAUAUGAAGGAGAUUAUUCGCCGGAAGGAGGGGGUCGACGAGAGGCCCGAGGAGGCCGAGGCACAGAAGCUGAAGGAGCAAGCUGCUGAUAUGUACGAUACCUUCGAUAUGAGGGUCGAUCGCCAUUGGAGCGAGAAGAAGCUCGAGGAAAUGACUGAGAGAGAUUGGAGGAUUUUCAGGGAGGACUUCAACAUUUCGUACAAGGGCUCCAAGCUCCCUCGCCCUAUGCGGGCCUGGGCUGAGAGUAAACUGAGUCCGGAGUUGUUGAAGGCGGUAGAGAAAGCAGGGUACAAGAAACCUUCUCCGAUUCAAAUGGCGGCCAUUCCGCUCGGUAUGCAACAACGCGAUGUGAUCGGGAUUGCAGAGACCGGCUCUGGUAAGACUGCUGCUUUUGUUCUUCCUAUGCUGACAUACAUUACGAGGCUUCCCCCAAUGAGUGAAGAGAACGAGGCCGAAGGCCCUUAUGCCGUUGUAAUGGCUCCGACCCGUGAGCUUGCGCAGCAGAUUGAAGAAGAGACUAAUAAGUUUGCCAAGCAUUUGGGGAUCAAAGUGGUCUCCAUUGUUGGUGGUCAGUCCAUUGAGGAGCAGGGGUUUAGGAUUAGGCAAGGGUGCGAGGUUGUCAUCGCUACACCAGGACGCUUGAUUGAUUGCUUGGAGAGACGCUAUGCGGUUCUCAAUCAGUGUAAUUAUGUUGUUCUUGACGAAGCCGAUCGUAUGAUAGAUAUGGGUUUCGAGCCUCAGGUUAUGGGUGUUUUGGAUGCGAUGCCUUCGAGUAAUCUAAAACCUGAGAAUGAAGAUGAAGAGCUUGAUGAGAAGAAGAUCUACAGAACCACUUAUAUGUUCAGUGCCACCAUGCCGCCUGCUGUUGAGCGCCUUGCAAGAAAGUAUUUGAGAAAUCCUGUUGUGGUAACAAUAGGUACUGCUGGAAAGGCCACCGACUUGAUAUCCCAGCAUGUCAACAUGAUGAAAGAAUCGGAGAAGUUUUAUAGGUUACAGAGAUUGCUCGACGAACUUGGUGAUAGGACUGCAAUUGUGUUUGUGAACACUAAGAAGAAUGCAGACACUGUUGCCAAGAACUUGGAUAAGGCAGGGUACCGUGUGACCACUUUGCAUGGUGGGAAGUCUCAGGAGCAGAGGGAAAUUAGUCUCGAGGGUUUUCGAACCAAGAGAUACAAUGUCCUUGUUGCCACCGAUGUUGCAGGACGUGGGAUUGACAUACCUGAUGUGGCCCAUGUCAUAAAUUAUGAUAUGCCUGGGAAUAUUGAGAUGUACACACAUAGAAUUGGUCGAACAGGCCGUGCUGGCAAGACGGGUGUGGCGACUACAUUCUUGACUCUGCACGACUCUGACGUCUUUUAUGAUCUCAAGCAGAUGCUUAUCCAGAGCAAUAGUCCUGUUCCUCCUGAGCUUGCAAGACACGAGGCUUCCAAGUUCAAGCCCGGUACGAUUCCCGAUAGGCCUCCACGGCGCAAUGACACUGUUUUUGCUCAUUGAGAGGUUUGAAGUUUUUUGGAGACACUUUCGAGUGAUGCAAAGGCGAAACUCUAUGUUAUAAUACCACAGUUUUUGGUAGCUGAAUCUUAGCGCUUCAGGCAAGGAACUGCAAUUGUUUAUUUUAUUUUCCAAUUCUAUGGGAAUAUAUAUCAUUGGGUAUCUGAUUUUGGUAUCUAGAGGAAUAUCAUAUUUAACCUCUCAUUUUGCUUUCGUCGACAGAUGUUUAAUUUGGUCGAUCAAUAUUUUAUCGACUGCACUGAUUUAAAUAAUCUUUAAUUGUUGGUCA